AUGAUGUAUCAAUGGCGGUUGCUUCUUUUACGUUCCUGUCAUCAUCGUCCAUUUCUUUCCAAGGUAAUCUCCAACUCGAUCCGAUCCUUGACUUGUUUCCACCAUGAACGUUUUGGGUUUGGAGCUUUGCAACGAAGCCAGUGUCUUCUCGCCUUGCCACCGCCAGUGACGAUCUCUGUUGGCCGAAGCUUUUCAACUGAAGAGAGAAGUUAUGAAGAGGCUGUCGUGAUUGAUGUGUUUAGCAAAUUGAGUAGUGAGGAUGAGAUUAGGGAAGAGCUUCGUUAUAUUUUGAUUAGCCGUGACUUAGUGUUUAAAACUCUGAGGUUCCUUGAAUCAAGCCCUGAUGUUGCGGGAAGGUUUUUCCGGUGGGUUUUGGAAAAUUGUCCGGAAAGACUUUCCUCCAGGAGUUAUAACGCAAUGCUGCGUAGUCUAGGUCUUAAUGGGCUUGUUGAUGAGUUUUGGAGUUUGGUUGAUGAUAUGAAGAAGAAAGGACAUUAUGUAUCAGCUAAUGUUAGGAACAAAGUCGGUGACAAGUUUCAGAAAGAUGGCUUGGAAGGUGAUGUGAAUAGGCUAAAAGAGCUCUACGCUUCCUCGGAUUUUUCAAUGGAUACUAAGUUGUUCAGAAAGGUUUGCGAGAGUGUGUGUAAGAUUGUGAUGAAGGAUGAUGAUUGGGAUGCUGAGCUAAGGGAGCUGAAACUCGAGUUUAACAGCGAUCUGGUGAAGAGGAUAGUGGAGAGACUUGACGAGGAACCGAGCAAAGCGUUGUUGUUCUUCCGAUGGAUUGAUGAGUCUGGCAGCUUUAAGCACGACGAGAAGACGUACAACGCUAUGGCUAGGGUUUUGGGGAGAGAGAAGUUUCUUGAUAGGUUUUGGAAACUUGUUGAAGAAGCAACGAGUGCUGGUUACGAAAUGGAGAUGGAGACUUACGUUAGGGUUUCUCCGAGGUUUUGUCAGCCUAAAAGGUUUAAAGAAGCUUUCGAGUUGUUCGAGUAUGCAAUGAUGGGUAGCGGCGGCAAAAACACACCCACCGAGCACUGCUGCUUUUCACUGCUCAAGAGAAUCGUGACCGUCAAGAAACCGGACAUGGGUUUGUUAUCAAGAGCCGUGAAAGCGUAUACCGGAAGUAAUGGCAACAUGGUGACGGAUUCUAUGCUUAGAAGUGUGCUCAAGUGUUUGAGAGGCGUUGAUAGGUUUGAGAAGAGCAAAGAGGUGUUGGUAGCGAUGAAAGAAGGCGGCUACAUACCUAGCGGUGAUCUGGAGAGAGUGAUUGCAUCGGGACUUAGCCGUGAAGAAGAUGUACCUGUGGAGUUUAUGGAUGCCUCUGGAAACCCUCUGGAUGACGAAGCAAUGAAAGAUUUAGUUGGAAGGCAUUGUGAUGCUGGAGAUCUCGAAAAAGCUUCCAAGUGUUUCAGGAAGAUGAUUAACAAACGAGGAAGCUACCUUCCUACGAGCUAUGCACUUGAGAAGUUGAUACUUGCUUAUUGCGACAGUUUUCAGGCAAGAGAUGCAUACAAUCUUUUGAUGGAGCUAGAGUUGAAACCUUGGCUGUCGUAUUAUAUACGUAGCAGUACGUACGAGAUCAUGGUUACGAAUCUGUUGAUGAAGAAAGUAGCUGCAGAUGGUGGGUUUGAAGAAGCUUUAAGUCUUGUACAUGUGAUGAGAAACAAGGGUACAGCUCGUUUCGUGGACCCAUUCAUAGAUUACUUCUCAAACAGUGGAACAGCCGCAGAAGCUUUCGCAUUUCUAAAGGCUUUAGCUAGGAAGAAGUUUGCAUCUAAUGUAAUUGUUGUGCGCGUGUUUGAAGCUAUGUUGAAGUCUGGAAGGCAUAGAGAAGCUCAGGAUUUGAUGUCUCUCUGCGCUAAGCAUAUCCGUCGCAAAGAAGAUGUUCUACAACUUUUCAGUUCCAUGAAACCUAGCAAGUGUUCUUUAGAGAAACCUAUCGAAGCCUAA